AUGCCACAUCUGAAGCUUCGAGAUGGAGCCGAGCUCUUCUACAAGGACUGGGGCAACCCCAACGGCGCUAUUGUCGCCUUCUCCCACGGCUGGCCCUUGAGCAGCGACAAUUGGGAAAACCAAAUGAUGUAUCUGGCUGAUCAAGGCUACCGUGUCAUCGCACACGACCGGCGUGGCCAUGGGCGAUCUACUCAGACCUGGGAUGGAAACAACAUGGACACCUUUGUCGACGAUCUCAAGGAGCUUUUCGCCCACCUGAAGGUGAACAACGCAGUGAUGGUUGGUCAUUCCCAUGGAGGAGGAGAGGUCACUCAUUACCUCGGAAAGCACGGCACAAGUCGUUUCAAGAAAGCCGUGCUUGUCGGCGCUGUGCCCCCUCUGAUGGUGAAGACUAGUGUCAACACCGAGGGGACGGACAAGUCAGUUUUCGAUUCGUUCCGAGAAGCUAUGCGGAAAGACCGCGCACAAUUCUUCCUGGAUGUCCCCAGCGGACCAUUCUUUGGUCUUAACCGACCUGGUGCACAGAAAAGCGAAGGACAGAUUCGUAGCUGGUGGCAGCAGGGCAUGAACACCAGUUUCAAGUCAGCGUAUGACUCGAUCACGGAUUUCUCGGAAACAGAUUUCACGGAAGAUCUGAAGAAGAUUAAUAUUCCUGUACUGGUUCUUCAUGGGGAUGAUGAUCAAGUUGUUCCCAUUCAGGCAUCUGGACUGAAGUCAGCAAAACUUCUGCCUCAAGGCAGGCUGAAGAUUUACAAAGGGGGAUCCCACGCUAUUCACAACAUCAAUGUUGACGAAGUCAACAAAGAUCUGCUUAGCUUUAUCAAGGAAUGA